UACACAUCCGGCGGAUCUUGCUGUGUUAGCAAGCCAGCAUUUUAAGGAGCUUGUUUGGGUCUGUGUGCGCGUUCUAUCGCCUCGCCCACGGAAGGGUUGUGCAAGAAAAGUGGGCUGGACAGAUGGGAACUUGCAGCAAAUCACUUCAGGAGAGCAAAGUGUGGAGCUGGAUGAACACAGCAGGCCAAGCGGCAUCUUAGGAGCACAAAGGCUGACUGAAUCACUUCUUCGUCGCUCGCUCCAGACCGGGACACGGACGGUCUCUGGAGAAAGCGAGCUAAAUCUCUCCCCGGUAUUCAGAGCUCGCUCUGAGGGAUCGAUUGCAGCGAAAGAUCGCCACUUUGGAAGGACGCGAGCAACUGACUGAAAGACCAUGGCGACGCAAGACCCUGCGCCCCCGACAGACGGCGCAGCGCAGGGCACCACGAACCCCGCCACCCACCACCGACAACUGGAUGCCACUGAGCUCCAGUCCUCCGUGCCCUUGCUCAACUUCAACAUGGCUGAAUUUGUGGCUCAGAUAGAUGAGGACGAUGACGCUUUUUGCCGGCAGAGGGAGAGGGGCUACAACCCUCGGAUGAGGAGCGAACUGAGGAGGCUGAAGAGCUUCAAGAGUUACCCGUCGUUCUCCACCUGGAGUCCCGAGGACAUGGCGGGUGCGGGAUUUUACUACACGGGACGGAAGACCAGUGUGCAGUGCUUCUGCUGCGGGGGCAUCUUCUGUAGCACGAGCAUCACCAAGACACCCCGAUUAGAGCAUCAGCGGUUCGAGCCCGACUGUGGCUUCCUCAAGAUGCUGGACGUUGGCGACAUUCCCAAGUACGCCGUGCGGGUCCACCCGCCCGGGAAAGUGCCGCUCGGCCGGAGGCAGCAGCUUACGGAGGAGGGGUGCAGGCUGGAGAGCUUCCAGGGCUGGCCUUCCUACGCACGAACAGAGCCUGGUCUGUUGGCAGGAGCUGGGUUUUUCUACACAGGUGUCAAGGACCAAGUGCAGUGCUUUUCUUGUGACGGCAGCUUAGCCAACUGGGAGGAAGGAGAUGACCCAUGGCAGGAGCACGCCAAGUGGUUCCCGCAGUGUGAGUAUCUUCAAGGACAGAAAUCCGAGGAGGAGAGGGACCAGUACUGCCGGAGCUAUGUCGGAUUUCAUGGAGUCACGGCUGCCCACUUUCUGAGCUCCCCAGCCUCGGAGGACCUUUGCCCAUCGCCAUUGUCUCGAGGUGAGGGACCUGAAUUACGUCUGGGUGACUGCGUUCAGUGUUUCUGCUGUGGAGUUCAAUUAUCGGGAUGGGUGGAAAAGGAUAAUGCUUGGACAGAGCACCGGAGACGCUCAUCUAAAUGCCCGUAUAUUCUGGCAUGCGACAAGGCGGCUGGCGGAGAUGUAGGAGGGGAGAAGACUCCAGAAUCAUCCUCCAUUGUGCCGGGCGAGGAAGCCGGGAAGAAGGAUGAUCCCAUCAGUGGAGAGAGCCUGCCCAGCGAGGAGGACUGGGCUGAGACUGUCAGGAGGAUGAGGAAACGUUUGCAGGAGCUGUACCGCUCGCCAGAGUUCCACACCGACUCCUUCAACAGCUGCAUUCCCGUCGAGCUGGGCACGUGCUAUGCGGAGCCGCGCCUGGUGCUGAAGGACCUCAAGGACAGGGAGGUGCGCCAGCUGGCCUUCCCCGAGAUGCUGCGCGACCUCCACAGGGUGACCCUGCUGGAGGGCGAGGCGGGCAUGGGCAAGUCGGCCCUGCUCAGGAGGGUGGCCAUUCUCUGGGCGUCUGGCCGUUGCCCCCUGCUGGCCCGCUUUGUGCUAGUGCUGCACGUGUCGGUGACACAGGGCGGCUGGGGCUGGGAGGCAGGCACUGUGUGGAGGGAGCCCUCCCUCAGGGAGCUGGUUUCCCGGCUGGGCGGCCGCCUCCUGGUCUUGCUGGACGGCUAUGGGGAGGCCGAGCCCCUGCCGGCUGAGGACGAGCUGGUCCGCGCCAACCACCGGGGCAACGCUGCCGUCCUGGUGGGCCUCAGGACAGACAAGGCUGCUGCCGUCCGCCAGUUUGCCGACGCCGUGGUCUCUAUCGCCGAGUUCCCGCUCUACAGCUCCAUACGACUUCUGAAGAUGAAGUUCGCCCACGACACGCCACGGCUGCGCAAGUUUAUCUAUGACGUCGGCUGGUCUGAGACGCUGAGGGCGGCCCUGAAGACCCCGCUGUUCACCCUGGCCCUCUGCCAGCACUGGGUGAGGGAGCCGCUGGACAUCGGCCUGAGCUGCGUUUCUCUGUUCCGCGCCUUCCUGGCCUACGCCGUGCGGCCCAAGAGCCGGGGGGAGCGAGCAAGGCGAGCUCUGGAGGCCUGCGGAAGCCUGGCACUGUCCGGGUUCCUCGUCUCCCGCUAUGAGUUCUCCGACGAGGAUCUGCUUCGGGCUGGGGUGGACGCAGACGGCGCCCUGGGUCUCGGCCUGCUGAGCAAGUUCACCGCCCAGCGCCUGACUCCCACCUUCAGGUUCCCCCACGUCUCCUUCCAGGAGUAUCUGGCAGGCAAGCGGCUAGGUGGCAUCCUGGGGUCAGAGCUCACCGCUGAAUGCGAGGAGGGGUCCUCCUCCCUGGGCCGGGUCCGUACCUUCCUGGAGGUCUUCACACGCUACUACUACCUCCUGGUCUACGCAGCUUCGUGGUCCAGCAAGGCAGCCUCGCUCAUCGUCACCCACCUCCUCGACAUGACCCAGAGGCCUACGUCUUUCGACUGCUGGGCUGAUGCUAGCCCUGCCCUGGUGCACCAUCCCGACUUGGAGUUGUACAGGGAUCUCUUCACCCAGGGCUCGCAGAUAAUGGACUCUGAGGAGAUGUUACAUCUGACCACCAGCCUUGUGCUGGAUUUUGUCUUGUCACUGACCAAUGCGGAGACCAGAUCCUCCAUCGCCUCUGUCGUCCUGAACUUCCUGACUGGGAAACAUUUGCAAUUAGAUGUCACUGAGCUUCACCAGAGGAAAAUACUCACUUUUCUAAAGGUGUACCCUGAAACAUUGACCGUCCUCAGCCACCUCAAGAUCUCAUUAACUGGGAAAAAGAGAUCGGCCACCACGAGUUAUUCCGAAAUGGCGGAAUGCAUGAGCAAUCUGAGCAUCCCAAAGGUGGAGGAGGAUUAUGUGACUGCGUUCCAGUCACUGGAACAAAUAUUCCUGACCAACCAGGCAAAGGAAGAGGAAAUAAGCAGCUUCUUUGCUCUCAGCAGCCACAAUAUCCCAGACUCUUUCAUGGAGAACUUGGCUUCAAUCCCCGCUCGCUACAAGGUCCCGGUCCUCAAACUCCACAUCUGUUGCGUUGACGCCUUCCAGGACCGAGAUUCUGAGCAUCUGCUGAGGCUGUGCUCCCUCUCCGACCGCGUGGAGCUCGCCGUCUGGGACAGUCUCGGAGUUCUUGGGCAGAUGGAAGCGGCCGUCUCGUCGUGCGGCGAGCACUUAAGGGCGCUGACCCUGCACCGGACCGUGUUGAGCCACAGAGAGCAGGAGCUGGUCACCGCGAUGAACGCCCUUGAGUCAUUGGACCUGAUGUUUCCCAAUGACCAAGCUCCAGAAUACCUGCUGAGCCAUUUGGACAAGUUGGAACACCUAAAAGAAUUCACGAUCGACGUGCAGACUGGUUCAUCGCUAAGAGUCGUCGACCAGAUUUCCGAGGGCUUGGUGAAACUGCGGAAUGUCGAAAAACUCAUUCUGUCUGGAGUUAACUGUGCACAGGGUUCUUCAAAACUCGCUUGCCUCCUCCGGAAUUUCCCACAGCUCCGGGUCUUCCGCCUGAAGACCAGAAGCUACUUCCCAGAGUUUGAGGACCUCAGCAAGGCUUUAACAUCGUGCUCACGUCUGGAAGAACUGGCGCUAACUGAUUUUCACCUGUCUCCGACAGAAACUUCAGCGUUUGUGGCUUCACUGAGUGAACUCCAGAACCUCAGAGUAUUGGAAGUACCAGGCAUCAGCUUUUCCAACACAGAGGAAACAGAAGCUUUUACUCGUGCUGUUGGCUCUCUUGCACUGCUGGAAGUGUUUCACCAUUGCUACAAUGAUGGGAUGAUCACUGCUGCCCGCCCACUAACUCGACAGUUACCGAACCUGCAGCACCUCAGGGAGCUUACCAUCAAAAAGAUCAUGGAUGACCAGAGUCUGCUAGAGCUAGCAAAAAUGGCUAGAAACGGUCACCUUCGGAAGCUGAAUGUCCUGGAUCUGAGCUUGAACGAGGAGCUCAGCGACCUGGGCUGGAGGGAUUUCUUCCUGACCCUGGAUAACGUGAGUGAGCUGAGGGAGCUGAAUAUUUCCCGUCUGUACACCAACCAACUGAAGCCCCAGCCAGACACAUUCAAGGCCUUUGUGCAGUGUGUCUCUCGGCUCCCGGCCCUGGUGACCAUCCGCAUGCUGAGCUGGAUGUUGGAUGCCAUGGACUUCAACAUGUUCAACUCCAUGAAGGAGAACCACCCCCAGUCUCGCCGCAUGCGCCUGUGGUGGCAGUGGGCUCUCCCAUUCUCACCCAUCAUCCAGGCCGAUGAGUAGAAACAGUAGUGGGGGGUUUGGCUAAUUGGGAGGUGCACCAUGCAAGAGGCUGCUUCCUUCCACUCCCCUCACCAUCAACCCACAACCUUAAAGCUGGCUGAAGAACCUCGAACCAGUGUUAACAUGAAAGAUUAGCUGUGAUCUUACUGAAUGUAGGGCAGCCUUGAAGGGCUGAAUGGACUCCAACUAUUCUUAUAUUUGUAAUGUUUUUAAAAUGAUAUAACAGUGUUGUUUUUCCAUUGCUACUGUAAUGAAAGAUGUUUGAAUUGUAUAUUAAUGUCAUUUGUUUUACACUUCCGAUUUUAAUCUAGUGGCAUAUGGGUCUUUGUCCAUUCUUGGGAUGGGUUAAAUAAUUAACUAGGUCAUUAUUAACUUAAGGGAACCAUGACUUUUAACCUAUACCUGUUUUGUGGAGCAUUAAUGGAAGUUUGUUUAUAUUUUAUUUUGAAGAGAGAUAAUAGGUCAAAGAACAGAUGGAAAAGGCAUUAGAUUGCAGCUGUGAUUAGAAUAAGAUGGCCGUUUCUAGCCAUUUUUGCCUUGGCGGGGUGGGUGAUAAGAUUUCAACAUAGAAAAGCCUUGAGCUUGGAAAACUUUCAGGCAUUUUAAACAGGAUGUGACUGAAGUCAGACGGAAGUAUUUCCUCUCCUGGAAAAAGGAGAUUGUUCAAAGCAGUUAAGGAUGCAUUGGUUAUUGGAAGCUGAGAAAAUCUAAGCUCUCAGUCAUGUAAGUGGGCAGGGUAAAAGGCCCUGCAACUCACAGGACCUGACCUGUUAGCGAAAAGAAACUCCUCUGAUUUUUUGAAUAACUGUAAUGCUGGAGAUAGGAUUUUGUUUUGUCACGUGUU